GACCAGUGGGAAGUUACACACAACAAACCCAGUGCAUGCCGAGUCAGGAGCAGGAAGAGCUGCAGCAGCGCAGGGACUCCCGCUCCCCAGGUUCUAGAAGGUUUUGAGCAAAGGGCCCCCCCCACGCUGGCGAGAGAUGUCGACGUCUUCCAAUUACUGGGUGUCGGAGAACGGCAGCGUUUCAGACAAGGACAACGUCUUUUAUGAACGGGUGAGGACGUACAGCCCCGUCACCAAGAUGGUCCAGGUACUCGAUGGGAGCUCCGGGAGCCCUCUGUCCCCGCGCCCUCAUUCUCCGGGAUACCAGUCGCUCGCCUGGAGCCCCGAGCCGAUUCACCAAGUGCACCACGUUCAGGAAGCACAAUCUCCAUCAUACUCGCAAGGGACUAUAAGGCGUUACAUAGUCCAGGCUCCCGAACAGGAGGUCCUCCCUUCUUACCCUCAAGGAACAAUAAGAAGAUACAUUGUUCAAAACCAAGAGCAGGAAAUAUCUCCGUAUCAACAAGGAACUGUGCGAAGAUACAUAGUGCAGAAUCCCGAACAGCAAACUUUUCUGAAGGGGGUCAAUUACGUCCCGUCGAAUAAUGUCAUCUAUGAAAAGACCAUCAGAAGAGUUGGGGUGCAGAAUCCCGAGAUGGAAAAACAGUCCGUCGUAGCGGUGGAAACAAACGUAUCCUCUACAAGCGAGCAAAUCGUUGAAAACAAUAAUCAGACAACGGUUGUAGUCAAGUCCACCGAUCAGGAGUUUAUUACCGAACAGAAAACCCAGCAGCGAGUAUCCAAUGAACAGAGAUACAGCGUGGACGCAGGACCUGAGCAGUUGGACGCUCGGUAUUUUGGAGAACUUCUGGCCGAUCUGAGCCGUAAAAAUAAUGAUCUGUACGGCUGCCUGAUGCAGCAUGUGGAGAAGAUCGGAGCGAGGAAACCCUCAGAUUCGGAGUAUCAGACGGCGGAGGAUAUCGAAGCUUUGAUCCCGAAAGGAGUGUCUGAGCUCACCAAGCAGCAGAUCCGUUACCUCCUGCAGAUGAGGCAAACAUCUGAUAAAUCAAUGAGACUCGUGCUGUCCACCUUCUCCAGCCUACGAGAGGAGCUGGCUCACUUGCAAAACGACUUGAAUAAAUUGGAAACGGACAAGAAGACGUUGGAAAGAGAUCUGACGUUCAAGGAUGCCCAAAUAAAAGAGUAUGAAGCGAUCGUGGCGUCUCUGAGAGAGAAAAACCGCCAGCAGCAGCAAGAGCUGAAGGAUAGUGCCCUGAAACUCCGCAGCGCAGAAGACACCAUCAUGUCCAUGCGUAACGCUGAGAGCGACAAGGAAUAUCGCCUGAAAGAGUUUGAUUACGUGAAGAAUGCCCUGCAACAGGAAAAUGAGAAUCUGAGAAUUCAGAUCUCCAAGACUUGCUCUAGUACAGUCCUGCAGUCCAAGACGGACGAAAUAACCAGACAUUACAAGGAAAUGAUCAACACCCUCACAGAGGAAAAAGACAAGGAGAUUCGCAACUUGAGGAGCCAAAUUACUAAAUUCCAGCGAGACAUGAUGGCCAGGGACGGCAGCAGCAGCGAUUUGCAGUUGAGGCUCCUCGAGCUGACGACCUCUUUGGAGGAAAAGGAAUCCCUGAUCAAGAGACAGCAGGAGGAGCUCCUUAGACUGCGGCAAGAGAGAGAGUCGAAAUCGGUCAACCAAACUAUUAUCACCAAAAGAUACAGGAACCAGUAUCCCAUCCUUGGGCUCCUCUCCGAUUACAAUUAUUCUACUUCAUCGCCGGUGAGGGAAAGCCAGACAAUUCUUGUUCAGGAGCGAUCAGGAUGGAAACAGGACUACACAUCUUAAAGAACACGUUGUUCCUUUCAACAUGGCGGAGGAUGAGAAUUUGGAGAAUUCCUCUGAAUUUUUCAGCGUCGGGGGGGUUCAGUCCAUAACUAGGAGCAAAAUUAUACGUUAAGGAAAUUGCAGCGUCCGAAAUAACAAACAUUCCGUAUUCC